AUAAAAUAAAUAAAUGUAGAUACUGAUUGUAACAUUAUCCUGCAGGUAACAUACUGGUAUUAAUAUAACUGUUGGCACGAAAGCAGCAUAUUAUUUUCUUGCUCACCAACAUGUCUGUUCUCACUUUCCAACGCAUCUCAUAGGAGUAGUCCAGAGUGACCUUAAGAGAAGUUGAAUAUCUGUCCUUUCCAAUAGUAAUUCAUUGUGCCGUCGUCGACGCCUCACAUCUGAGUGUCAUGUUGUUGUGGCAGUGAUUGACCCAGGAGCAGAAUUCCGACAGAACGGAAGUGGUUUUAAGAGUCUUUAUUGUAAACAACCAUAUUCCACAGGGCAGCUGGCGGGGAAUCCAGAGAGGUAGCGAGCCAGGCUGCGUGGAGGUUUUUCAGCCGUAACUUUAAGUUCCUCGUUUGGGGACGAUCAGGUGCUCGAUGAGUGCAACGUGUUACAGCUGCGCCGGUCAAUUGGGACAGGUCGGACCAUGACACUGACAAAAACACUGCUGCGCGUUCGUCAUUUCCUUGCCACCAGGUCGUGUGGAUGUGUUUUUUGUGGAAGUGGGAUGUAGUUGUGUGCCAAAGGCUCAUCGGAGGAUACCAGACAUCAUAAGCAUGUUCGUGAUGGAGGAAUUUCCCGUGGGAGGAAGUCAUUUGGACGUAGUGCCCGGUGUCAGAUGUCAGCAAUAGUGCAUCACUUGAGGACAUUCCUCUCGUAUUACAUACUGUGUUUUUCACAAGAGGAAUCCAGUUUAAUUCUUCACUUAAUCAGGAAGCAUGAAUUAGCCACCUUUUACUGAGCAUUCCCGUAGCUUUAUCUCCUGUUGACAUAUUUUUUUAUCUGCUUGUCUCCUGGGCCCUGCUCCGAGAACAUAUGAUGGCUCUUGAUCUGGCCCGGGAGCAGCACUUCCCUCUUCCUUUUCCGUUACUUUCUGGUAAUGACCGAGUCCAUACGCCCCAGUGGAAAAGGAUCAACCCUAUUUAACCCUGUCAUUUGGCUCGCAGUCACAUAAACUGUGCAUUACUUGCCAUCGCUCUGCUUUUAUCUGACUGGACUCUGACCAGAAAUAAAUAUGAUUUGGUUUUGCAUCACUUCGCUGUUGUCUUUCACUCAAGUCACCUCUGAUCAAACUAUUGACACGAGCCGCAUCAGAGUUUUCCCAGCAGAAAACCAAAGUAUUGCUGGAGUGUUCCAGGUUAGUACGUUAAAUGACCGCAACCAGCCUGAGUAUUCCUUCAACGCCUCUGAAGCUCGGUGGCUGUGCUCGUCCCUCGGAGUGAACAUUGCCUCAAAAGCUCAACUACAGGAAGCUCUCACUAGAGGUUUAGAAACGUGCAGGUAUGGAUGGAUUGAUGAACAUUAUGUGGUCAUUCCUCGCAUCAAAGCCCUUAAUAAUUGUGGCCAAAAUCAGAAAGGCUUGGUCCCAUGGCGAGCACCUGUUACAAAAAAAUUUGAUGUGUUUUGCUUCAAUGAAUCCGAUGCUGCAACACAAUUGAAGGAUGCAACAACCGAUAGCCCUUUGAACAGGAGCGAUUACUCAAGACAAACUCAGUUUCCUCCUAAAACAGCAAAUCCCACAUGGAGACCACAAUCUGCAUUGUCUACCCCCUUGACUCCUGAAACUAUCCACAGUGAGGCACAACCAGCAGGAGUAAAGGCUAUACUCUUCACCGUGACUUUUGCCCUUCUCCUUGCUGCAAUAAUCAUCCUUGCAUACAUGAAAAUGAGGAGGAGUUGUGUUCUGAGCUCUGACAUGAAGCCGCAGCAAGAAAACAUCCAGACAGAAGAGUGGACAUGUGUGAACAAUAUCAAGGAAACCAAGACAGCCGCCCAGGAAGAUGAGAAGAUAGAAGUGGAAGACAAUGCAAGUUAAACUACUUUCCCGCCCCCAUGGACAACAACUCAGUAAUAUUAUUUUUAAAGACAAAACGUAUCGAUUGUAUUGUUGGAAAUAAAAUGUAACAGAAUGACCAUAAA